CCGCAAAGAAGUCUCCAGCCAAGAAGAAGUUGUCGGCUUCCAAAGUCAAGAAAACCGUUGCGUUGCACCCGACCACCGCCGUGAUGGUCACCUCGGCCAUCAAAGAGCUCAAGGAGAAGAAAGGUUCGUCGUUACCGGCCAUCAAGAAAUACUUGGCCGCCAACUACAAAGUCGAUCCCGCCAAGUUGGCGCCUUUCAUCAGGAAGUUCUUGAAAGCCGCCGUCGCCAACGGUACCGUCGUACAGACCAAGGGAACCGGCGCUUCGGGACACUUCAAGUUGCCCGUCGCCGAGAUCAAGCCGAAAAAGGCCGUUGUAGCCAAAAAGAAGAAAUCAAUCGUCAAAAAAGUCAAAGCCGCCGGAACGCCGAAGAAGAAGAAGCUCGUAGCCGCCAAGAAACCCGCGGCGGGCGAACCAGCAGCAAAAAAAGCGAAAAAAGCCGCUGCAACCAAACCCAAGGCGACUACACCGAAGAAGGCCCCAGCCAAGGCGAAAAAGCCGACCGCUGUUAAACCGAAACCGAAGAAAACUCCAAUCAAGAAAACCGCAGCUCCCAAAAAGAAGUAGAGGAUGGGUAGUAAAAUACUUUCCUCUUCCUUCUCUUAAAACGGUCCUUUUCAGGACCACCAAUUUCAUUUGACACAAUAAUAUGACUUGCACUUCCGUCACUAAAUAAUGUUUCAUACAUUUUUUGUAAGCAGUACGGAUCGUAUGACGUGUGUGAUUUAGAAAGACAUAUUUUAUAAGGUCUGUCCUUGUUUGGUCGUUUCAGACUACGGGACGGGCGAAACGUACGCGGUUGCAGUUUGAUUAUUGUAAUCAAUUAAUAUAAAAACAUCGGUCACAGUUAUUAUUAUUAUCAAGGAAUUCCCGAAUUCAAUAUUAUUUAUAACCAUAAACGAUGCAACUAAUAAUAACAUUUAAUUGCGUCGCAAUGGCAUUGCGGUAUUUCCAUAGGUUUUUCAUUGAUGAGUUAUUUUUAGAAUGUUUUUACCAAAUUCCUUGUGAUCGACAUUAAUACCCGCACAACGACUAUUAAUAAUAUGAAUAUUAUCUAUUAUAUCACCUGCGGCAAUCGCUAACCGUGUCGACGUUCGUCGCAGACGAUUAACAAUACUUGUUCCAAUAAUUCCUUUGAACAAAAAUAACGAAAAGAGACGUGAAUAGACAGGCAAGUCGUUAAGCA